AUUGGCAAAAGGGCAUCCUGCCUGCCUGCAUUAUUUUCAGAAUUGGUCUUGUUAGGAAUGUGAUGGUUUGUUCUCACCUUUCAUGUCAACAGCUCUUUUACACACUGUUUCCUUGUAGUGUUGUCUAAAAGUGGUCUCCAAGAUGGGAGGUGCUGUGAGUGCAGGGGAAGACAACGAUGAGCUCAUAGAUAAUCUCAAAGAAGCCCAGUACAUUCGGACCGAAUUGGUAGAGCAGGCUUUCCGAGCAAUUGAUCGUGCUGACUACUACCUUGAAGAAUAUAAGGAAAAUGCUUACAAAGAUUUGGCAUGGAAGCAUGGAAACAUCCAUAUCUCAGCUCCGUGCAUCUACUCAGAGGUGAUGGAAGCCCUGGAACUGCAGCCUGGUCUCUCAUUCUUGAACCUGGGCAGUGGCACUGGGUACCUUAGCUCCAUGGUGGGGCUCAUUCUAGGUCCUUUUGGUGUAAACCAUGGGGUGGAGCUCCAUUCAGAUGUGAUAGAGUAUGCAAAGCAGAAACUAGACUUCUUCAUCAGAACGAAUGAUAGCUUUGACAAGUUUGAUUUCUGUGAGCCUUCCUUUGUUACUGGCAAUUGCCUGGAGAUUUCUCCAGAUUGUUCUCAGUAUGACCGUGUGUACUGUGGGGCUGGAGUGCAGAAAGAACAUGAGGAAUACAUGAAGAACCUUCUCAAAGUUGGGGGCAUCCUUGUCAUGCCUCUGGAGGAGAAGUUGACUAAGAUUACACGUACUGGUCCUUCUGCUUGGGAAACCAAAAAGAUUCUGGCUGUUUCAUUUGCUCCUCUGAUCCAACCCUGCCAUUCAGAGUCUGGAAAAUCAAGACUUGUCCAGUUACCACCACUGGCAGUUCGAAGCCUUCAGGACUUGGCUCGCAUUGCUAUCCGGGGCACCAUUAAGAAGACCAUUCAUCAGGAAGCUGUGGUCCAAAAUGGAAGCGGGUUGAAGAACACUCCUAAGUUUAAACGGAGGAGAGUUCGCCGCCGUCGAAUGGAAACAAUCGUCUUUCUAGACAAAGAAGUCUUUGCUAGUCGGAUAUCCAACGCCUCUGAUGACAAUAGCUGUGAAGGCUUAGAAGAGGAACGGAAGCAGUGGGAAGAAGAGGAAAACCCUGCUGAAUCCAAGCCAGACCUCCAGUGAACUUCCUGCGUGAGAAGGGUCCUGAGCCUCCCCCUGCCAGAUCCCCUGAAGUACUACCUGCUGUAUUACAGAGAAAAGUAA